GUUUAGUUGAGCUGGUGAGUUCACAGUUGUAAUAAAAGUGGGAGAAAUUCUUUUUGAGAAUUACUUAAGGGAAUAAGUUGUAAAAGCAUUCCGUGUGUUUGAGGUCAAAAUGAAUGAUUUAACUUUCUCUAAAUUGCCAGCAGAAGAAGCAAAGCAUUUCGGCAUUAAGCCUCAGAGUUCUGAGAAGGCUACUGCAUUUGUAAACACCUUUCUUAAGCGUUGUAUGCCAAAGCUUAGUAGUGAAACAAUCCAAGAAAAGUUAAACAGGAAAGCACUGGUGCUUAAUCAUUCUUUAAAAAAGGAAAAGAAGAAGAGAAAAACAAAAUCUUUGUCUGCUAAAGAGCGGCAAGAAAUGAAAAUAUUUGAAAUUAAACCAGAGCAACAGAGAUAUGAGUUGUUUCUCCCGCUGCAUGAGUUGUGGAAGCAGUAUAUUCGUGACCUGUGUGGUGGCCUAAAACCAAAUGCACAGCCGUUGAUGGUCCAGUCAAAAUUAUUAAAGGCAGACUUUCAUGGAGCUUUAAUAACAGUUGCCAAGUCAAGGUGCCCAUCGUAUGUGGGGGCUACAGGCAUCAUUCUACAGGAAAUGAAGCACAUAUUUAAAAUAAUCACCAAGGACGAUAAAUUGAAAGUUAUUCCCAAGAGUAACAGCGUGUUCAGUGUGGAAAUUGAUGGAUUUGUUUCAUACAUCUAUGGUAGCAAGUUCCAGUUUAGGGCAAGUGAACGUUCUGCAAGGAAAUUUAAAGUGAGGGGAAGCAUGGACCUUUAAUCUAUGGGGCAACUUCAUUUGGCACACCUUUCUGAAAAAUAUCAUUGCCUCUUUGGUGCAGAGUAAUGGAAAGCGAUCUGAGCCUGUCAACUGAAUCAUAGGUCAAGUUCUGCUGCAAGAAAAUAUAUUGAUCACAGUGUCUCAGUGGAAACAUCUCAUUCAAGAAGUUGUUAGUUUGAAUUUUUGCAGUUAAUGUGGAAACGUGAGCUGAAACAGUUCAUUUUCUUGUGGUUUCUCAUCUGUUUUAUGGUCUGAAAGGCAUUUAAUACAAAUGAAUGUCAGCUGAACAAAAGUUUAAUUGCAUAUGUAUGACCAAUCCUCCUUUUAAAUUCAAAGAAUUACAUACAAUUUUUUUUAAAUAAAAUGGUCUGAAAGCACACAACA